CUCUCUAAACAUUUUAACAUUGGGCCACAAAUUCAAAAAUGAGCAUAGCCAACUAGACGGUGGAGAAUAACGUUUAUCGCUCUCGAGCUUCGCCUCUUUUUCUCUCUCUCACACAAGUUAGUGAAGUCACACCCGACCACCGAUGAUGCGAGGAGAGUGAGUGAGUGAGCUCAGCCAGCAUUCGGCAGGCAGUGUUCCGACUCAAGUUGUCUCUCGAAACGCAGAAGAGGAAGGAACCAACAGUAGAAGAAGGCCCAACACCACCCACCCACCAACCAACUCACUCGAUCCAGGAACGACCCUCGUAAGCGCUCAGUGAGUGCCUCCAAGGCCAGACACGCCGAGUAUCAUCAUCCACUCGGAGGCCAGGGCCAAAGGCGACAAACGGGAGAUUGGUGGCACCCCUCUGGAACCCGCUCUAGACAGGAGCACAGACACUGACUGGCAUUGCCCCAUAUACUUGCAUACCUACUCGCUUACCUCAUGGGGAUGCCAUGAGAGUCUGAGGUCACUCAUCACUCGAAGGGGGCAAUCGCGCCCUUCUUCCAUGUUAUUCAGGAUUGUUAAUUAGCUAUCUUGUGAUCCUACUUUGAAGUGCUGAAAGAGCCACUCAAGGUCUGGAACGAUGAACGAAUCCCAGCGGAUUCGGCGGCUGUGGUUCAAUUAUCAGUCUUCGUCUUCGGAGGACACGUGGUUGGAGCAGUUUCUCCAUGUGGCUGUGCGACACUUGGAACACAUUGACGAGGACCUGAAGGCCGGCAUUGCUCGACAGCUCUCGCGCCUGUGGAAGGAUGAACUCAAAAACAUUUGUACCUAUUUCGAAGCCAAUCCGGAUGGGGAACCCAUGGAUCGAUAUGUGUUCCGCAACCGGGGUUGGCAGAUCCCGUAUGUCUUGGAAUACUUGGUUCACGAGGAAAGUGACUUGAAUAGUUAUACAGACAUCGACGAGGACAAGGACGAGCCGAAUGUGGCGUCAAAUCAGACCCGAAAUCGUCCCUGGUGGGACCGAGAUUUUAUCGCUGUCCUCAUGUCUCUUUUCCAGCUCUCCGUGAAGGCCAAGGUGAAAUCCUCGAAUCAUGAGGCCACUCCUGGCGAGGAUACCUCUGGCAAUGGCUCGAUACGUUUGAGGCCUCUAGCCUUGGAUGAGGUGAUCGCGUUGUGGAUGGAUGUACAAUCGAAAUAUGACUCUAAAAGGAGCCGCAAGACGUCACAUGUCGUCAAGGUCAGGAAGAGAUCGCGACAAACGCAACUUUACCUAUCGGCGAAGAAGUCGGCCAAUGCUGUCCGAAGAUUGUCUGGCAUAUCCCCCAUCAUCAAUUAUGACACCUCCACACUGGAUGAUGAACCCGAGCUCGAUCACUUGGAUCGACAUCGACAGAACCUGGUCAAAUCUUACCCGCCUUACCCCUUAGAUUUCGAUUAUUUCGAGAACGAGAUCCGCAGCGACGAUGAGUCCAAGUUUCAAAUCGAAUGGCGCCGAUCCCGAGAGUCGAAAUUAUUCAAGCACCAAAAAUGCGAGCCCGUCGACGAGUCCGUGCGAAUACCGUACACCAUUCCGGAGGAAGAAAAACACAUUCGCGAGGCGCAAUUCGCUCAGAUUGUUCUUGGAUUGCUUACUCGAAUUUGUCACGUGGACGUGAGUCGACGAAGACUGCGCUCCUCAUUCGAUCUGUCAUUGUCAUUGGCCACCUUCGCCUCGGAUGCCUUGAGGCGGUUCAAUCAAACCAAAGCCGGCUUAAAUGGGAACAUCUCGCCCAACGAGAAGUUUCAGCUGGAAUUGGGCUUGGUCAAGCUGUUGCUCACAUCACUGACCGAGCUCCAAUUCAAUGCCAAUUAUUCAGCCACUCUAAGUCAGAAUCAGGUGCUGGAGCUCUGUUUGUGGACUCUGGAGCACUCCCUCCAACGUUGCGAGGAUUCAAGCGCUUCCCCGGAGGACAAGAAAAUUUCCUUGAAGAACACCCUGCAAAUUGGAGCGGCCCUUCUUCAUGUCAUUCAAUCCUUCCACACGUUUUCUCAGCGGUUCUUCUGUUCGCAAGUGAUAAACAAGGGUGCUACGUCUACGUCUACUUCCACAUCAUCUUCUUCGCCGUCAUCACCUAUGAAUAGCGAAGGAGGUAAUUCCACCCUCAAGUCUCCAAUUUCGGAGCAGUUGUCGCUCUACAACGAUUUCUGCGCUUACAAUGGACCCAGUUUGGUGGGCAAAAUCGUCCAAAUCACGGCCAAACAAGUACCCUCGAGCCUCUUCUCGGAAGGCAUCCUAUUCAUGCGAGAACUGAAUGCAUUUCUAGCCCUUGUACGGACCGAAUCCACACUUAAGAAAAAGUCCUGGUGCUCCCUAACCACCCUCUAUUUGACCAUGACCAAAGCGAUCAGUUCGUUGGUGCAACUUCUCACCAAGAAGCCCAAGCCCGAGAAUCUUGCAUUCCUCCGAGAAGUUCUGGCUCAACUCAGAGUGUCAUCCGGUAGCUCUUUAGUACAAGUGUUUCAGUGUUGGGACAAUCUAUUGGCCGGUGUUCAAGUGUCCACUUGCGCCAAUCGACCCUUGGUUCAAAGCUUACUGGAACUCAUAGAGGAGAUGGUCCUUCGACACGUUGCUUGGAUGGAAAACGAUCGCCAACAAAAUUCCCUACAGGACGGUUCCAGUGAUCGUCAGGGUCCCCCAGAUUCGGGAUUCGGAGUGAGCGAUAGCUCCAACGGAAAGAAGCAUAAUCAUGAAGAUAAUUCCCCACUCAAGCCAAGAAGCACCAGCAGUAGUAGUCUCAUUCACGAUAAAAUGUCCUUUCUGGACACUUAUCUGGACAUCCUCAAGACUGAAGAUGCUAUCAUUGGCGACCAGAUUGUAUCUCAUUUAGGACAUCUGAUCAAGUGCGUGCCGUUGGAACAGAAACUCCGCAUCAUUGCCAAAGUCAUCGUGCCUUACUUGGAUGUCAGCAUUGGCUCUUGUUCGAUGGAGGUGGUGGCCUCGAUGAAUGAGGUCCAAGUGGGUGUGGCCAAUAAGUGUCUGUUCAUCCUCUCCGAUGCCAUCCAGUAUGAGUCGAUCAUGGACUAUUUGUACCAACAAAGAGCUCAUAUCACGGUGUUGGCGUGCAACGCCAAUUUCCACUUGAUGAGUAGUGCUUACGACAUUCUUGGCCAAUAUCUCCUGUAUCAAGGACGCAAACUCUACGGGACGUUGAACUCUUGCCACACUCUCCUACAAAUGGAAGAGAACGAGUCCCAUUCUUCGGAUGAGCACAAUCUUACCGAUGAGGAAGUCUUUCAACCAGGUUUGGCCAAGGCUGUGGGCUUCUUCAGCGAUAUGCGAAAUUUCCAUCACAUCAUCACGGCGUGUAGUGCCAAAGUCUUGGAGAAGCGCGAGUCCACCGGCGAGAGGCCGGCCAAUGCGUCCAAGCCGUCCAAGCCCAUGAAGAACCCCCACUUCAAAGAAUUGGCUCACGUGUGGCAUAUCCAAGCUAAUCUCAUCGAUAGUUUUGUGGCCUACCAAGACUACGUCCUUAUGCGGGGAUUGGUACGAACUCUGGAGGACCUCAUGCAAUGCCUUUUGGACUUGCUCAUGAUCCCCAAAUUGGAGGAUCAACGGGACUACCUUAUUGCCGGCUUGGGGAGUUUCUUCCGGAUCCUCGUCCGUCUCUGCAUUCGCCUCAAAGCCAACAACCCCCCCAACAAUGUCAAGAGCCCAAGUGGUGCCCCUGUUGGUCAUAACAGCACUUGUCAGCACGUCAAUGGCGGCCCCUCCACUUUCAGUGAUGUGCACAAGAUCUUGAACGAGGGCCUCCAUUACAUGUCUCUGGUCAUGCUCGAGGUGAAAUCCGGUGAGUCCAGACGCAAGCUCAUCUCCGCGUUACUUUCCGCCGCCACUUAUCAGUGCCGUGAUGGGACCUGUCUAGCUCAUCCCAAGAACCACCCGCCCAAUAUUGCCCAACCGAGUGAUUGGUAUCAAGAUGCUAGUGCCCAAGGUUUCUCCUCCAGUCAAUAUGAUGCGGAUGACGAGCUCGAGCAUGAAAAGAGACAGGAGGCCUCUUCGCCCAUCGAGAUCAUUUGGCCCGAGAUGAUUGUGUUCAUGAUCGAGCUCUGCUCGCAAAUGAUUGAAGAGGACCCUGGUCUGAGUGCACCUGUGGUGACUUAUACCCUAUUCAAGUUUGGCAGGCUCACGAAUGAGCCAGUGAAAAAUCGACUGUUGCUCAAAAAGCACAACUUCAUCCUCAAGCUCCUCCACCAUCAAGAGAGCUUUCUAGGCGAUCAAGUGAGUCCUGAACUGCAGACUGAGACCAUGACCCUUCUGACUUUCUUCGCUCGACAAGGACUGAGUCGGGAAGAGUUCAGGACCAUCAUCGGCACUUUUAAACGCGGUUCCACCGUCGAACCGUUUCUAACGUGCUUCAAGGAUAUUUGCUUGAACACGGGGAAUCCCUACAAGGAGAGGUUCUCUCUGAAGUUCCCAGUCAGUGUGUCGACAAAUCUUGAUACUAAAACGAGUGCGGUCAACUUACCCGUGGCCAGCUUUUCCAUCCAUGCCAUUGCACCCGCCUUAAAGAACGGGUGCACAGUCAGUUUUUGGAUCAAGCUUCAACCGUCUCCAAAAGGGAAAGAUCAUCAUCUGAGCCUGGAUUUGAAUUUCGUCCAAGUCUUUUCUGUCGGUGGUCCGGAUCUUAAGUUUUGUCUUUCCAUCUACGGCUCUCACGUCGUGAAGGUCGAAGCCAAAUCCUAA